CCCAAAUUGACCUAACCUAACCUAACCUAACUCCUGAAUGUAAAGACAGAGAGUCUCUCUGAAACAAUUUGUUGCUUACAGAAAACAACAACAAAAACAACAAUGGCGUCGUUGUCCAGUCUACCAAAUAGAAGAAAAAGAAAAACAUCAAUUGCUGUUGCUGCUGAUUUAUAUUUACCUGUCGAGUGUUGGGAAUAUAUCAUCACUUUCCUCAAAGAUGAUAACCGAUGUUUGAAAUCUCUCUCCCUCAUCUCCAAACAGUUCCAUACUAUCACCAACAAUCUCCGAUUCUCUCUCACAAUCUGUGAUCAAACCCUCCCUUUUCUUCAUCUUCUCUACCGCAGAUUCAUCAACCUCACUUCCCUCAACUUCUCACACUUAACCAAUAGUAGCGUCACUAACCUCAACAGGCUUCUCCGUCAACUCUCUUGUUUCCCAUUGAAACUCACAUCACUCAAUCUAUCAAAUAAACUCAGAAUUCCCGCAAAUGGGUUGCGACAUUUUUCUAAAAAGAUUACAACUUUGACCUCUCUCACUUGUUCCAAUAUGGGUUUUAUCUCUAUCACUGACAUUUUCCUGAUAUCCGAAUGUUUCCCUUUACUUGAAGUCCUUGACCUCAGUGACCCACACCACCGCGAAGAAUACGAGGAGACGGAGACAGAGCAUCUUUCAUUCACAUUUUUCAAACUCCGCAAGGUUAAUCUCUCUGGUCAUUAUCACAUUUACGACAAAGUGCUUUUCAGCUUGUUCAAAAAUUGUUGGCUUCUUGAACAAGUCAUCAUGUUGAGCUGUUACGAUACAACAUUUGAUGGCGUUGCUUCUGCUCUCCGUGAGACACCAACAUUGACAUCUUUAUCAUUUUCCAAUACUUUCGGACAGGCGAACGAGGAAAGGGAAGAAUCUUACAUUACUUCACAAUUCAUUGCAUCCUUAGUGAGUUUGAAGUAUUUGACUUGUCUUGAUUUGUUAUCUUCGAAUAUUUCCGAUGAAUUGCUCUCCUCUAUUGCAAUCGAAGGUCUUCCUUUGACGAGGCUUUGCCUCCAAAAUUGCAAAGGAUAUAGUUAUUCUGGAAUCUUUGAUUUGUUAUCCAAGUGUCGAUAUAUUCAACAUUUGGAUCUUCAAAGGGCUCUUUUUCUGACUGAUAAACAUGUUGUGGAGCUGUCUUUGUUUCUGGGUGAUUUGGUAUCUAUAAACUUGACUCAUUGUUUGAUGCUCACAGUAUCUGCAUUCUUUGCACUCAUUAAGAGUUGUCCUUCACUCAGUGAUAUCAAAAUGGAAAACACAAGUAUUGGGAAAAAGAGUCUAGAGGGUUCUAAAUCUUGGUUGAAUUUUACUGUACACCCUCAAUUAAAGUAUCUCUGUUUGGCUUGGAAUCCAUGGUUAACGGAUGAAAACAUCAAACUGUUUGCUUCCAUUUUCCCCAAUUUACAGUUGCUCGAUUUGUCCGGAUGUUAUGAUAGAUUUGAGGAAGGUAUUGUCCAAGUUCUAAGGUUGUGUUGUAACAUUAGAAAUUUGAACUUAUCAUAUACAAAUGUUGAUGACGAAACACUUUAUGUGAUCUCAAAGAGUUGUCGUGGGUUUUUGCAACUAUCACUGAAAGGUUGUACUGAUGUCACAAAGAAGGGAAUGGAGCAUGUGGUAGAAAACUGCAGGCAACUCAAAUUGAUCAAGUAAGAUGGUUGUCAUAAAGUGCUUACUAAUGUCGUUGCCUCGAUCGUAUUUUCAAGUUCAUCAUUGAGAAAGAAAACAAGUUGUUUUUUGUUCAGUCACAUAUAGAAGAAGUACUUCUUGUGUCAUGGAUGCCUUGUUUGCUAGCAUUCUUAAAGUGUUAUGCUGAACUUUGAGCUCUAAAAUGUAAGAUGUUUUUGUUUUCAGAGUUACUUAUGUUAUUUUGGACAAAAAAUUACAAUCAUAUUAACCCA